UGCAAUCAAUUAAAAAAUCUAAAGCAUAAUAUUCCAAUAUUAUACAUUUUUAAUUUUGUGCAUAUUAAUAAACAGUAUCUUCUUUGUAUAUUGCUAAAUAAUGUUGUUUUCAAUGAUCAGCUUAUUUGUAACAUCACACACUAAGACUGAAGCUGCGUAAUCAGCUUAAAAUUGAAGUAAACAAAUUGCGGAUGCGCCUUCUGCUCAAAUUCAAAUUUAAAUUAAAUUUAACUCUAAACACGAAAAGAAAAAUUUAAAAGGCAGAAAAAUGAACACCCCAGGAGUUAGCUUGUUCCAGGGAGCAGAGACCUUAAAAGUCAACUCAACGCUGGAGCGGCAGGAAGAAGAAGAAGCGUUGCAGGAUCAAAAAAGGCGUGAAGCGGAGCUGGGUAAUUUAUUGGAGAAUGCUUUUGAUGAUUUGGAUGACGACGAUAACGAGAGCACCAUUGACUCCACUACAAAUUUUCCGUCAAGUCUCUUGCCACCUUUGCCGGCGCUUCCAACGGCACAACCCCAACACCAACAGCAAUUAGAUUAUGCAAAUGGUAGCAAUGAAAUGCAUAAGCUGAAAAUGUUAUUGGAAUCGAAGACCCGCGAGCUGAGUAACAUCAACAAGCUAGCAACGGAGGCGCAAAAGAAAACAAACGAUUACCUUAAGCGUGUAACCAUCACAGAGGCGGAGCUCGAGCGGGCGCGACGGGAGAAGCAGCAUGCCCACGAAUUGCUCGUCGAUAGCAAGGAGAAGUGUUCACAUCUCGAGGAUGAUGUUGCCAAACUCCGUAGCGAUAAAAAGAAGCUAGAGGCAGAAAACACACAGCUGGUGGGUAAGCUGGAGACGGCACAAACGCUGCUGGACGAUGUUCAGCGCAAGUACGCGAUGGUCGAACGUGAUCUGCACAGACAUGACGACCACACUGCCGAGCUACGACUGAAACAGCUGGAAGAGCAGCAUCGCGCUCAGUCGGAGCUAAGCCAACAUCAGCUAAGCCAGUUGGCGGAUCAGCUGGAUAAGAAGCAGCAGGAGCUUGACCAAAUGCAUAUGCGCUAUAAUGCGCUGCAGUCGAGCCAUGAGACCAUGCUGCUGGACAAGGCCGACAAGAUCAACGAGCUAAAUACGGCGCUGGAUGUAGCGCAGCGUCGCUGCAACCAAUUGACAGCCACUCCCACCUUUGAGGCGGAGUAUACGCGUCAGCAGCAAUGUAUCGCUGAUCUGCACAGGCAGAUGGGUAACAUGGAGCAGACGAUUGCCGAGUUGACGGAUCGCUUGCAUGGCACCUCAGCUGAGAUGGAUUUAAUGGACACACUUAUGCAGCAGCACCAAUCAGAUGUAUCGGAGUCCCCAAGUCAAGCCAAGCUUCAGUUACCAGCUAAUCAGCUAAUCGUGAGCACACCAUUGAAUCCUGUUGAACGUCUUAGCAAAUUUAAACAGGACCUGUACCGAACCUUUGGAAUGAUGAAGAGCAAACGGGAAGAGGUGCGCAAGUUGGAGAAGCAGCUAGAUGAGCGAAAUAUUGAAUUGCGUUCGCAACGCAAUAUUGAGAACAAAAUGCUGGUGGAGUUGGCCACCAUGAAGGACGACAAUAUGCGCCUGGAGUCCAAAGUGAAAGUGUUGCAUGAUCAAUUAGAGCAACGGCAGCAGAAUGCUUCACUCAGUGACAGAAAGUUCCACAGUGAUCUUGAAGAAUUGACAAAGCAACGUCAAGAGAUCGAACAGCGUUUGGAGAAAGCUAAUAUGGAGUUGGAUGAGUUGCGGCGCGAGCAUGAGAAGCUGCAGCGUCAACACAAUGAGCUUAAAGAUGAGAAUAGCCAGUUGCGAAUGCGUUCAACGGCUGAUAACUUGGUGUUGGAGCUGGAGCGGCACAAGAUACUGCUGAAGGAUUCCAGAGGCGAGGUGGAUCGCUUAAAGAAAUUGUACACCGACAUUGCCAACGACAAGGAAAGUCUCAGUUAUCAGCUGCGCAAACUAAGCGAAUUGGAUAGCUCUAAGGAGCUGCAAGAGCAGCGUCAACAGUUGGCGCAACUUCAGUGCAAUCUGCAGCUGGCUGAGCUCAAAUCACAGGAGCUGGCCAAACUACUCGAAGCGGAGAAGCAACGGCAUGAACGAGAUCUCGAGACGGUGCGCUUGAAAUACGAAAAACAGAAACUCGACCUAGAAAAGGUAUCCAAGGAAGGUACGAUGGGUAAUUGCAGCAAAUGCAGCGAACAGCUAGCUGAGAUUACCAAGAUGGAAAUCCAGAUGCUCAAGUUGCAGAAUCUUAGCUCGUUGCAGGCAAAGCAACUUACGGAGCUGUCCUCUGAAUUCGAUCAAUUAAAAUCAGUGAAGUUGGAACUUGAGGAGAAGUUAAGGCUGCAGCAGCAUUACGACAGUCCGGUACCACAAGCGGGCGCCGCUGGUGAUGCUAGAGCGGAAGAAGGCUCAGCAUCGCCAGAGUUCUCUCAGACUCGUGUCAAACAAAUCGAGCAGCGAGUGCGUGAUGAGAUGGCCAAAUUGUUUGCCGCCGAGUUGAAGCGUUCAUCGACGCGUCUGCAGCAGGCGGAGGAGCGUAGUUUGUGUUUGCAUCGUGAGUAUCAGCUGGUUUGUCGCGAUCUGAUGCAGCGCCAAACCGAGGUGGAUUUGCUCAAAGAAACAAUACUUGCGGAGCGCGAUCAAAUGAAGGAGCUGCUGUGUGACAAGGAUGAGAAGCAGAAGCAAAUGCUGCAAAAGUGUCACGACGAGUUGCAGGCAAAAAAUCAGCGCAUUGCUGACUUGGUACGUGAGAUGGACGAGCAACAUGCGAGCAUCGAAUCGGAGCGGUGCUCCAUGCGAGCCCUAAUGACAGAAUGGAAUAAACAAAAGGAUACAAUGGGACAGUUGGAGGAACACUGGCAGCAGAAGAUGCAGACACUGCACGAAAGCAACGAGGAGGCGCUGCGCAUUGCCGAGAAGCGUUAUCAGAGCGCAAAGCGAACUGCCCAAAAUUAUAAGCUCUAUGCUGACGAUAAGGAUGCUUACAUGAAACGCGAGCUCGAUCGCAUCAAGCAGGAGUAUCACGAUUCGUUAGCCACGAUUAAGGCGAAAAUGCAUCAGCAUUUACAAAGCAAGCAACUGCAACAGCAGCAGCAACAGGAACAUCAGCUACCGAAGGCCAAAACUAGUACGAAGAAUAAGGAGAAUGAACCCAGCAAUCGGUAG